AUGUUGAAGUUCCUCAUACUUGUCCUGCUCGUCUCGUUCGUCGCCGCCGAGGAGGAGCAGAAAUUGAAAUGGAAGGACGAUGAUGGCUUGGAAGUCAAGAUCAUCAAGCCCGUCAAGGCAGAGAAGUGCAAGCUGAAGUCACAGGAAGGCGACACCCUCGAGCAGUACUACCGAUUGACCGACAAGGAAGGAAAGGAAAUUGGAAGCAAUUUCGGAAAGAAACCAUACACAUUUACCCUCGGAAAAGGGCAGGUUAUUGCCGGUAUGGAGCGUGCUAUGACUGGAAUGUGUAUUGGAGAGAAGAGGAAGGUCGUCAUUCCGGGAGCUCUCGGAUUCGGAAACAAGGGACGAGAACGCGACAACAUCGUUGAGGACCAGACCCUCUACUACACCGUUCAGCUCGUCGAUCUCUUCCGCCCCAACCCCGGUGAGAAGUGGACCGAUGAGGAUGGACUCGUUAUUGAGGUCAGCCACCAGAUCCCCGAGUCUGAGUGCCGCAAGUCGGAGGUCGGAGACACCAUCCACCAACAGUACACGCUGCACCUUGAAGACGGAACAUUCGUUGACUCGUCGUGGUCUCGUAAUGCCCCCUUCAUCUUCCGUCUCGGAAACAAUGAAGUUAUCAAGGGAAUGGAUAGGGCCAUGACUGCCAUGUGCGAGGGAGAGAGGAGAAAGGUCAUCAUCCCCUACGAACUCGGCUACGGAGAGGAGGGACGCCCGCCCCAGAUCCCCGGAAAAUCCAGGCUCUACUUUGACAUCCAGCUCGAAAAGCUGAUCAAGAGGGAUGAACUC